GGUUCAUUCAGAGGUUUAAAGUCUGUAAAAGGUCCGUGAGCUCCGCGGUGCGUCCGGACAUGAAGGAGCCUCCGGUCACCAGUCGUGUCUUCUCAGGGAUCCAGCCGACCGGAGUCCCCCACCUGGGCAACUACCUGGGCGCCCUGGAGAACUGGGUGGCCCUGCAGAACCAGUACCCGUCGGUCCUGUACAGCAUCGUGGACCUGCACUCCAUCACGCAGCCUCAGGACCCGAAGCUGCUCCGGACCAACAUCCUGGACAUGGCGGCCACGCUGCUGGCCUGUGGCAUCAACCCCAAGAAGGCCGUCGUCUUCCAGCAGUCUCAGGUGUCUGAACACGCGGAGCUCUCCUGGAUCCUCGGCUGUCUCACCAGCAUGCCUCGACUUCGCCACCUCCCGCAGUGGAAGAUGAAGAGCAAGCAGAAGAGCGAAGGCAGCGUGGGCCUCUACACCUACCCCGUCCUGCAGGCUGCAGACAUCCUGCUCUACAAGUCGACUCACGUCCCCGUCGGAGAGGACCAGGUCCAGCAUCUGGAGCUCGCUCAGGAUCUCGCUCGCAUCUUCAACCACCGGUUCGGAGAGCUGUUCCCCGAACCUCGCGCUCUGCUCAGUUCCACCCGGAAGGUCAAGUCUCUCCGCGACCCGACGGCCAAGAUGUCCAAGUCCGACCCGCAGGCGUCGGCCACCAUCUUCAUCACCGACCCUCCGGACGCCGUCGCCCUGAAGAUCCGCCGCGCCGUCACCGACUUCACCUCCGAGGUGACCUUCGACCCGGAGGCCCGGCCCGGCGUCUCCAACCUGGUGGCCAUCCACGCCGCCGUGGCGAGCAUCAGCGUGGAGGAGGCGGUCUCCCAGGCGACGGGGCUGGACACCGGCGCCUACAAGCAGCUGGUGACGGAGGCGGUGGUCCGCAGGCUGGCGCCCAUCAGGCAGGAGGUGGAGCGGCUGCAGGCCGACCCGGCCCACCUGGAGGAGGUCCUGGCUCGUGGCGCCUGCCGGGCCCGCGAGCUGGCGGCACCGGUGCUGAGGGAGGUCCGGAGGAGGGUCGGGUUCUGCUGAGAGGCGCCGGCCGGACUUUAAAACGCGAGAAAGACUCAGCAGGUGAACGUUUGAUUUGAUCCGCUGACGUGGAACCGACUCUGGACUCAGCGGUUCUGACUUCUGACUCGUUGGCGCUCCGCCGCUUAUUUAUUCUCAUCUGUUGACAACAAACAAACGCUGACGUUCUGACUUGUUCACAACAGAACCGUCAGAACCGUAAACAGAACUGACCGGGACGUGAGUCAGAACUCGGUGCUGUUUGGUCACAUUCAGGCCAGAAGGACAAACAGCAGCUCCUCCGUCCUCCUGUCUGUCUGUUUCUGUCGUCUCAUUGGUCUGUACAGCGUCCAACUGUUGGGCCUCAGAAAUCAUUAAAAGUUCCAGAAGACAACGUUUGAUGUUCUGAUCUCACUCUGGAGGUGUCGUGCUGCACAGAGGAACGUCCGUCCAGGAUCAUGUCCAGCUCAUUUAUUCACCUUUAAACGCUGCCACUCGCUCUGUUUCUAUCUCAGAGCCGCUAAACGAGCUUCAGCCUCCGUUUGUUAGUCUCGUGUGCUUCGUGUUAAAUGAAGGAGGAAUGUUCAUGUUUGAACGUUUGGCAGCUUCUCCGUUGCUCUGAACUCCUUCUAGCUCCAUGUUUAGUUUUUUUAAUGUUCUCUACAACAUUUCUCUUCACCAAAAUGUUUUGCUGCCAAAAAUCAUUGAAACGUAUGAAAACAUCGUUCACAGUGAUCAUGAACAUGUUGAUCAUUUAUAAUGAAUGCUGCAGGAUCAAUAUUCAUGUUUAACCCUUUAUGCUCCUACACGCUGCACACUUCCUGUCUGGCUGAUCACAUCCUUUCAUCGUGUGAAAAAACAAUUCUGUGAAACAUGACUUUUAUUUUAUUCAGGAUCUUUUGUUUUUCUAUUAAACGCUGCAGGAGAACAGUUCCUGUUUUAACCCUU